CUUCGGCGGAGUUUCCGCGCAUUGACACUUCGGUGCCUUUUCUUCGCUUUGAGCCAUGCGGUGGUACCUCAGCUGCUUGUUCACCUUGUCACUGGGCGCUUCAUUGGAGGAUGCCCUGGAAAACGUGACCUCUCAAGUCACCGCCAAGUUCGGCGCGAACUUCACCUUGAUCGAAGCUUUGGCGUGCCGAAACCAGUUCUGCGCGCAGAAGCACACUGAGACCAUGGCAGAGCUCAGCGAAGCUCGCUUCAUGCGCGUGGUGUUCAUCGACGGCAUUCGCACGACACCCAACAUCGAGGCCCAGCUGGACCUCAGCACGAUGGCGGCGAAGCUCAUCCGCCACGAGGAACCCUUCACCGAGGACGCGGUGCUGGCUGCUUGGCCCCCGGUCUCCGGGCUGACCUUUGAGAAGUCCUUUGCAAGGAUCCGAAGCUAUAUGGAUGCAUCCGUCCAACAGGUGACCUUCCGCCGAGUGGUGCAUCCGUGUGCCUCAGAGGACCUCUUCCAGUUUGAGCUGAACACGGAUCUGGGCCCUCGGAUCAUAUCCGUGGGAGCCUCUUCCGGGAACAUCUGCUCGGGUUUUAUCACGGAGAAAGUGGAUCUAAAGAUGUGCCCAGAUCCAGUAUGCCUGACAGAGAUGAUCGCAGUCUGACUCGGCGGGAGCAGCAAACUGUUCGUAGAACCGGCCCUAGCUGAGGUUCGGUGAAGCGGUUUUUGAUUUGUCUGCAGGCCAUUUGGGC